GCAGUGGACCACAACAAUAAAAUAUCCUCAAAACCACAAAACCUGCUUUGUGAUGCCCAAUUUAUUGAAUUCGCUAAGAUAUACAAGACACAUCCAUGCCUCUGGAAUGAAAAUGAGAUAACAUAUAGAUUCCCUAAUAGGCGUCGAGAAGCACUGGAGAAUAUACUUCACGAGAUGAAUGCAAAAUUUGAAUUAAACUUAACUAAUCAUGAUUUGGAGAAGGAAAUAACUCGACUGCGCAAAAUAUGCUCUUACGAAAAGAAUCAGAAAAUAGAAUGUAAGCAAAACAAAAGUAUUUAUGAACCAACAUGCCGCUUUUAUGAGCACUUGGCAUUUGCUGAGAUCGAUGUUCGUCCUUUUGAAUGUCCGGUUUGUGGAAAUUUACUUCCUAGUCAAAGCCAGUACAAAAAACAUGUCGCAUCCCAUGAUGGGUCACUACCAUAUAAAUGUAUUGUUUGUGGACAUGGUUUUCUGCUGUUAAAUAAUUUUACGGUACAUUUACGUAGGCACGCACAAGACUAUAACUACAGCUGUGAGGUGUGCAGCAGGCCUAUUGCAACCACAAGUGAGUUAAAAUGCCAUAUGCUUACCCACACUGGCGAAAAACCGUAUGUUUGUGAUAUUUGCGGCAAGAGUUCUCGAUUGCUUAACGAAUUUAAAGAGCAUUUGCUUCGACACGAACAACGCCGUAUUCACAAGUGUUCAAUUUGUCCAAAGGCUUUUUAUAACAGAGGUAAGCUAAAAGACCAUAUGGCCGCCGUUCAUGUGAAGGUGCGAAACAAAAUAUGCAAUGUAUGCAAUAAAGGAUUUACGACUCAGAAACAACUUCGUCAACACGAACACAUUCAUGAUGCAGAAAGAAAAUACGUAUGCAAGAUUUGUGGGAAACGUUUCUCACAAGCCGCAGGACUAAGUGGACAUGUAAAAUCGCAUGGAACAUCGUUAUCCGCUUUGAGCACGAGUGCAUCGGAAGACUAAAAAGCUCUCAAGACCAGAGAUCUUGUUAAGCGAUGAACAAUUUAUUGAUUUGGCCAAAAGGUACGAAACACAUCCAUGCC